UGUUAUUGUAGACAUCGGACGACAAAAAGCGCUCGCUGUUGUUGCUGUUGGUAACUGCUGGUGCUUGGCACGAACUUUUAAUCAAAAGUGGCAGCGCGUUGUUGUUGGCUCUGUGCGUAAACAAAAAAAAAAAAAGAAGUGCUGGCGUAAAAAUUUGCAUUAAUGCAGCCGCGUCGCAUGAAUGAAUGAAUAUUCUUAGUGCGCGACAACUAAUUACGAAAACAAACACAAGAGUAACGAGCCAUGGUCUACACUAUAUCGUUCUUUGACCACAAUCAGCAUGAGCCACCGGACAAGAUCAUCACCAAAGAAAAGAGCAUGGCUUGCCUGCAAGAUGAGUUUGGUCACCUAGGCCUCUCUGCCACAGACCUGCCAUUUAAGUCACCCGAUCUGGACUCUCCUCCUCGACUGCAGCACCACACCAACUAUGCAGAAAUCACGGACAGCAGUGCCGAGAAUUCGUGCCAACAACGCUGGCCACCUCACUCCGGAGGGGCGGCGGCGGCCUUCGGUCAUCCGGAUAAGCCGAUCGGAUGGAUGUAUGGAUUGCUGGGAUGCAUGAAGCCCGUGCUCUCGUUUAUCGGAAAGACUGGAGUGAUCGAGGUGAAGAGUCAGCGAAGUGAAGACUGGGAAAUUCCGUUCGAGUCUAUCACGGAUCUGGAGUGGCUUGGCAGUGGAGCCCAAGGAGCAGUCUUUAGUGGAAAGCUAAAAAACGAGAUUGUUGCCGUGAAGAAGGUGAAGGAGCUGAAGGAAACAGACAUCAAGCAUUUGCGGAAACUCGAUCACGAGAAUAUUAUCAAGUUUAAAGGGGUUUGCACGCAGUCGCCUGUGUUCUGCAUCAUCAUGGAGUUUUGUCCCUAUGGCCCACUGCAGAAUAUACUCAAGGAGGAGCAAGUCAUGUUACCGUCCCGCUUGGUCUCUUGGUCCAAGCAAAUUGCUUUGGGCAUGCAGUAUCUGCAUUCCCACAAGAUUAUACACAGGGAUCUGAAGAGUCCCAACAUACUGAUUAGUACAAAUGAGGUGGUGAAGAUCAGCGACUUUGGAACGAGUCGGGAGUGGAACGAGAUCAGCACCAAGAUGAGUUUUGCGGGCACAGUCGCCUGGAUGGCGCCGGAAGUGAUACGGAAUGAACCCUGCUCCGAGAAGGUUGACAUCUGGUCCUAUGGCGUGGUGCUCUGGGAAAUGCUGACCUGCGAGAUUCCUUACAAGGAUGUGGACUCAUCGGCCAUCAUUUGGGGUGUGGGAAACAACUCCCUAAAGCUACUGGUUCCGAGCACCUGUCCGGAGGGAUUUAAGCUGCUAGUCAAGCUAUGCUGGAAGAGCAAGCCACGCAAUCGUCCCUCGUUUCGGCAGAUUCUCUCGCACUUGGACAUCGCCGGGCCGGAGCUGCUGCGCAAAACAGAAAAGCAAUAUUUUGAAACGCAAAAGUCGUGGAAGGAGGAGGUGCGCUCCCACUUGAAGGAAAUCACACAGAAUGGCACUAGUAUUCACAAGUAUGAGCAGGAUUUGAUCAAGAGACGCACGGCGGAGUGGCGGCAUGCCCAGGACAUUCGGAUGGUCUACGAGGAAAAGCUGCAAAAGACGAACCAGCUGUUCUUCGAGCUCAGCGAGUGCAUGUCACAAUUGCAGGAGAAGGAGAAGGAAAUUGCGGAACGUGAGCGGAAACUACCUGGCAGUGGAUACAAGCCCACGCGGCGCCUAGGUAAUACGCUCAGGAAGAUGCAACACUAUCGCCGAAGACUUAACGCUCCCACAGCAGCCAUCCAACAGCAGUCAACCACACCAGAUCCAGAGACUACGCCGGAGUCCCCUGUAAAGUGUGUGCUGUAUGCCCAAUUGGACAGCAAUUGCCAGCCUAAAUCAUACUUGGAGAACUUAAUUCCGGGCCCUGGCAUGGGCGGAACGAUGCCCAACAAAAACAAGAAAAAUUUCCGCCAUCGACGCAAUGGUUCUGGGUCCUUUGGCGCUCCCCCGAAAUACAGCCCGACGCGAGAUCGUCGCUACCAGAGUGAGCCGGAAAAUCGCAAGGUGCAGCUGGUGGAGCGGCAAACCCAAACGGACGCCAUGGAUGUCAGUGAGACUGAUAUUAGUCCCAGCGCAGAGGUUCCUCGAUCGCAGCCCAUCGAUGUUCCGGCCCCGAAUCACCGCCAGCUGCCACUGCAACUGCAAAGGGUACAAAAGAUGGCACAGGCUCAGGCAAGAGCAAGGAACGGGUCCACGUCGUCCGCUGCAGGAGCAGUCAAUCCCGCUAGUCCGUCGAACGGGAACUCGCUGAGCACCAGCGAGCUGACCUACCAAGAUGCCUGCUCAAGUCCCGACCAGCUCAUCGACGAUGUAAUGAACAGCAACGAGCGCCUGGAUAUAACCGACUGCUGCAGUGACAACGAAAAUCUCGACCGUUUGGGCCGGAAAGUCAUCGAGUUCAUCAACGAAAACCGCCUGUCCAUUCAGUCCAAUACGAACUCGAACAGCAACACAGAGAACGGCAAUGGGGGGAACUCGCCGUUGGAGCUGAGGGAGAGCGGCAAUAGUCCUUGCCUGAGUCGGUGCAGCAGCACGCAAAGCAAGCGGCGAAGACAGCUCCUGGGCGAUAACCCAAACGGUAGUUUGAUAAGUAAUGCCAACGGGUCAGCGUUGGCCCAUGAGCAGGACAGCUGGUCGGAUGAGGAGGGCGAGACGACGGACUACAAAUACGCCCUGAGAAGGCGGAGCAUUGGCCGCCUGCCCAUUGCCCGUGGCAUGCGCCCGCGCCGCAGCUACAAGGCCCCGCUGUCACAAAAAAUUGCCAUCCAUAAACGCAACGUGGUCAUUGUUUCCGAUGAGGAGAACACCUCCGAGUACAGUCACUCACCCUCCAGCCAACACUCGACGCUGGAGAGCAAUACGGACAUGGCGUCGGCCAUGAAGCAGACCCAAACGACAUCGACGUCCACAUCCACGAAUAGUUGCAGCGAGCCGGAAGAUGAUUCCAGUGACUCCAGCGAGGACGAUGAGAAAGUAAAUCGGGCGACGAGGGGUGCUGUUGAAGGACGCCCAACAUUGCCAAUGGGCGCGAUGCGCAGCAGCGAUAUUAUUUCCAUACCCACUUUCGAGGCUGAUGGCGCCGUCAACAUGGUCUAACCUAGAACGAUAUUUAGCCUAAGCGAAAACUCCUAAACUUACGUAACCCAAAACUAUCUCCUAUAUACUCAACGAGAAAUCGGCCCCAAAUGUAUGGUAUUAUCUAUGUUCAUGUCCAGACUUGGUACACCUUUUCUCUAAUUUAUAUAUGCUUGCAACUGAAAGCGGAGGAGGUCGCGUCCAAACGUUGAUCGUUGCCGACGACCCCUUGGGUUAGGGGCAAUCUGUAUCUUUAUGUCGUAUCGUAUCACAUGCAUUUCCUAUUUUGCUGAAUAUAAUUUCGCAUUAGUCCUAGUUAUUUUUACAAUUAUUCUUGUCCUUAGAGAGCUGCCUUUGUAAUAUACUUAUUUAAAAAAUGCCCUAAUUAUACUAGACAUAAGCAUAAAUUUAUGUUUAAUUCUUAAGAGCUUAGGAACCACCACCAGAACAUGCAUGAAAAUAACAAACCAUAAAACAAGCAUUACAACAAAAGGCCUCAGGCAUAAAUGUAGAAACGAAUGGGUAGAACGAAAAUAGUCAGGGAUAUUUUUUAUAUGAAACUAAAUUUGCUAAAAACUUAAAGGGGAAAGCGCGCAGUGUACAAUAUAUUAUUUAAUAGUCGCAUUCAAAAUGGCAGUUUCCCAAUUAUUGGGCGAGUUUGCUAUACGAUCGAAACAUUUUACUUUCCAUAAGCACAAAAUUCAAAGCUUCAGUGCCUUAAUGCAAACAACAUACGAAACAAGAAAAGGGAAUACAUUUGGAUGGGAAUGCAAGGAUUAUCUGACAUGAAAACUUAUAGCCAAGUGUGGAGCAGCAAAUACCUACAACAUUGGCCAAACAUCGCCCCCUGGCUUCCCGUGGAGUCCUUCAUUAGCUGCAAGACGAAUUACAAAUCUAAAUAAUUCUAUAUACACUCAAUAUAUACAUAUAUUCUUUAUAUUUACACAUUAGUUGGAUGUUUAGCUUCGUAAGAUGCGUUGUGCCCCCGGGCGCGACUUUUCUCUACAUUAUGUAAAUGUACUCCAUAUUAAGUUUAAAAUACGAACUAGCAAUAAUAAUAAAAUGGAAUCAAAUAAGAA